AUGUCAGGUUUAGACCCAUCGCUAUGUGAUGGUGAUGAGGGAUGCGGACGUAUCUUCCUCCAGAAGACCACUCCCGGAUUGUGCACUCUGUGUGCGCGCAAGCAGCAGCACCAGUUGUCGGGUGAUACAGAGACACCAGAGGCAUUUUCAUUCCCUCAGUGCGAGCAGUGCGGACGCCUCUAUAGGAAUACGUCAUCCAAUCUCACGCCUCUAGCCUCCAAGGCUGUCAGCAUCACACUUCGUGAGCAGGAGAAGCCGCACAGCGUGCAAUUCUAUCGCUCUGCAUCUCAGGCAAAUACGUCUUCACCUAUGACCUCCCAAAUGCCUCCACCUCUUCCCCCCGAUGUCUCCGGUGCUCGCACGUCUCUCGCGCCUCUCCCGUAUCGUCCCAGGAAUAUUCCAAAGCCUUCUCAACCUGCCCAGUUUGUCUCCACGAGUUCGGCCCAUUAUUCUGAUACUACCCGUCGCAUUUUCGUCACUCUGAAACCCACCUUUCACCCUGGUGCUGCUGGGAGGAUGAUGACUUCUACACUGGCUCCUGUGUCUCAGAACUGGCCGCAUAACACUCUAAUGCAUGACGCUCUUGAGCGUUGGAACCAGGCAAAAUGGGCCAACACUGCCUCCCAUAGACUUGCAACGGCUACAGAGGCGCUUUCAGUUGGAGAGUUCUUUGACGCUCAUUUCAUCUCCCCUCACCGCGAGCUCUUUUUCCCAAGUGGCUCAUCGUCACGCAAGAGUGGUAGAGGCAACACACUCGAUCUUGAGGCUUACAUUGACAUUGCAGCGUUCGAAAAGCGCACAGGAUCCACUGCACCGGAUGGGCUCAGUACAAAGAAGGGUGGUCGCAAACGCGCUCACGAGUCUACUGAAGGUGUCUCUGAAUUUUCAGGUACCCGUACCUCUAGUAAGCGCUCUAAAGGUCCCAGGAUGCAAUCAGAGUUCUCCUCCAGCCUCGCAUUUGGCCGGACUAUGCCGCAAUCUGCAGCUUCUAGUCUAUCUGCUCUACAAACCACAUCUGGGACUCGAUCCGAAGAUGUUCUAUUCUACUUGGGUAGACUGCAUUCUGAGACCGGCACUGGCGGCAUCUCCAUCACGUGGGAUGACAUCCCUACGACUGGGAGCAUUGCUACCCAGUACUCUGCGUCUGGAAAGACCAAGAGGGUGUAUACACUUUCCCUCUCCGAGGCUAACAUCAUUGUCCGAUACGUCGCCAAGCGCUUCUUCAACUUCGGCCCAGAUCAGAAAACGGUGUCGCUUGAAGAGCACAGCAGCUACCUUGAGUUGGAAGCUCGCAGAUUGGUGCUUGGGCAGUUCUUCUUGAAGAACUUCUAUGAGACCGCAGAUUCAAAUGGAGUGGAUGUUGAUUUCGGAUUCGCGUUCUCUGGCUGCCUGCUUGCCGAAGAGAUCAUUGUGGAUGGUAGUCCCUCUGUCGCCUCAGGGGUUACUUCCGAGAAAUGGGCUGAUGAACCCAAGCCCCGACUUCUGUGGCUUCUUGAGCCAAUCAGGCCUGGUGGGGAACCGAAGCGUUGGAGUGGCACCCUUGUGCACCGCAAUAACGAGAGCCUAUCCUCAAUGACCAUGGAAGCGUUUACUCACUUCACGUACGAGUAUAGCAAUGGUAAUGUUGUCAUCGCUGACCUGCAGUCGGUUCACGGACUUUUCAAUGAGCAGGCCCUAACUCCGAAAGCCACCUCCGGUCAGAUCUUAUUCGAUCCCAUGACACAUACUCCGGAACGUGAUACCGGUAUCGGUGACUGCGGCGUCGACGGUAUGGACGCGUUUCUUGAGCAGCAUGAGUGCAACAGGCUCUGUGAUGCUCUGGGUCUCAACCUUCUACCGUCCUCGCAUUUGUUAUCCCCGAAUACCCCUGCUCCUCGUGCUCGCAAGGGUAAGGGUAAGCAGGUGGAUCGAUUUGCUGACGAGUAUUGGGUGGAGCCUGUCGACAAUGACAAUAUUGCGGAAGGGGGUGGUGACAAGGAGCCGGAGGUGCAGGAGAAGAUAACACUGGACGAGACCGAGACCGAGGAGUCCAGUAGGGAGAAUGCUGUAGAAGAGAAUGGCUCCGACGAUGAUUGA